GUUGAUACAUCUCCAGUCCAAUCCUUACUACCAAGUAACUUCCUUUUUUUUUGCCCUCGAAAUUGUUUGAUGAUACCCCCAAUAUUAAAUCCAUUACUUUAUUUUUUUUUCCCCUUCAAUGACCACCGUGGUCGAAGUUGGACUAAUGCCUACCCUGCUCCCUUGAUUGAACUUUCCUAUUCACAUUACAUCCGCUCCUUUAUCGUGACCAGUAAUCGCUCGUUUACCAACUUCUAUUAUCAAUCAAAUGUAUCUUUAUUCGUUAUAAAAAUUCUACUAAGAGAAUCGAUCUAAAACGCCACCUGUAACACAUCAAAUGACGCCGUGCAACCAAGAUGCCUUCCGAAAAGUCCCAGUAUAUACCACCGCCGCCUAUACCCACAUACGAUGAAGCCACCGGUGGCGAUUCCUCAUCCUCCCGACCACAUUGGCCCCCACCUGCGUCGCCGAUAGAUACGAGACCCGACCAUGAAACCGAAGCGCAGUCACUCCUUUCACGAAAUAGACAACCUGAUUCGAGACACGCGCCGAAUGGAUAUCGUGCCCCAUACGUGGAAUCAGACGAUGAAGGGUCCGAGUGGACUCUAGACGAUGAUGAGAGUGAUGAUGGAGAGAAUGCGCGCGUUCGGCGCGAAAUGCAAGAGUUGGAAGUUGAAGACCCGUUAGAUGACACAAAUUCCAGAUCAUCCUCAUCGUCAUGGAGGAAACGAAUAGCGUCCUCAUUACCACAGUGGAAAUGGCAGUGGCGAUGGCGGUUGCCCAGAUUUACCGUUCGAUUACCUCGACAGAGUGACGUGACGGAAGAUCGAGAUACUGAACCAGAAGAGCCGAGAAGGAGAUUUAGAUGGCCGAAUCUUAACAGUGCUGCUGCUAUACUGCUGGUUGGCAGACUGCUCGCUGUUUUCCUUAUCUUAGGCUUCCUAUAUCUCUUAUUUAUGAGCGAUCUCUUCACAAAUAUGACGAGGCGUAUCGGCGGCCACAUGUUUGACCCUGAGGCCGUACGGCAAUAUGUGCAACAAGAAAUUAAUUCGGAUACUAUGAGGAAUACAUUGAAGCACUUUACGAGCUACGCGCAUAUUGCUGGUACCGAAGGCGACUAUGCGCUAGCGAUGGAUGUAAGGAACGACUUCAUGAAAUAUGGUCUGGAGGAUGUAACAGUGGAUGACUACUACGUGUACCUGAAUUACCCGAAACCAGGUGGCAGAGCUGUCCAGAUUAUGUCCGAGGAUGGAAUGGAGGCUACAUGGACUGCGGCCCUCGAAGAGAAGGUCGUUGGUGAAGAAAUGGCUGGCCAUCAAACUUUUGUGUUCCAUGGUCACUCGAAAGCGGGCGACGUGAGGGGUCCACUAAUCUACGCGAAUUAUGGGUCGAGGGAGGACUUCAAGAGACUUGCCGACAAAGGAAUCGACACGAAGGGCGCGAUUGCGCUUGUACGCUAUUACGGUACUCAGGGCGACCGUGCUCUUAAGAUUAAGGCGGCAGAGUUGGCCGGAUUUGCUGGAUGCAUUAUAUAUAGCGACCCAGCUGAUGACGGAUUCUUAAAGGGAGAGCCGGCACCUGAUGGACGAUAUAUGCCUGCCGACGGUGUUCAAAGAGGAGGUGUUAGUCUAAUGAGUUGGGUGGUGGGUGAUGUACUCACGCCCGGGUGGGAAAGCAAAAAAGGCUUGCCUCGGUUAGAAAAGGAAAAGGCGACUGGUCUCGUCAAAAUCCCGAGUCUACCAAUUGCCUGGCGAGAUGCUCAGGUGCUCUUACAGCACAUUCAAGGCUUUGGCGAGCCAUGCCCAGAUGAUUGGCAAGGUGGUGUACCGGAUGUCGAGUGGUGGUCAGGGAACUCUUCAUCGCCAACUGUGCGAUUAAAGAACGAACAAGAUGAAGAAGAGCGACAGGAGAUCUGGAAUAUCUACGGUAAGAUCGCUGGCAUCGAGCAAAACGAGAAAUCAAUUAUCAUCGGUAACCAUCGUGAUGCUUGGUCUUUCGGCGCAACCGAUCCUAAUUCAGGAACUGCCGUCAUGCUAGAAGUUGCGCGUAUCUUUGGCGAUCUUUUGGGCAGGGGUUGGCGCCCGCUUCGUACAAUCGAAUUUAUGAGUUGGGACGCCGAGGAGUAUAAUCUAAUUGGCAGCACCGAAUAUGUUGAGAAUAACCUCGAAUCUCUACAGAAAAACGCAUUCGCCUACAUAAACCUAGAUGCCGCUGUUUCUGGUCAGGAAUUCCACGCCGCCGCAUCCCCGAUGUUCCGCAAAAUUCUCUACAAAGUACUCGAUAGAGUCUUUGACCCUAACUUCAACGCCACGCUACGUGCCCUAUGGGAUGACCGUAAUGCGGAGCUUGAAGGCCUUGGCGCUGGUAGCGAUUACGUCGCAUUCCAGGACUUUGCUGGAACUAGUUCUAUUGAUAUUCGCUUCGGCGGGGCCGCGCAUCCUUAUCAUUCUUCGUAUGACAACUUCGAAUGGAUGGAUCGUGUCUCGGACCCGGGUUUCGUCUACCAUAAUCUACUUGGCCAAGUCCUUGGACUACUUAUACUUGAGCUUUCCGACCGACCGAUUUUACCUUUUGACAUGGGCAAUUACGCUCUUUCCCUUGGCCGUUACCUGGGUGGCUUAUGGCAAUUGGGUGAAGAUAAGAAGGUCAAUGAUAAGUACAACCUGGAGCCUAUCAAGAAUGCAAUCAACGAGGUUGAAAAGGCCGUCUCGGAAUUUGAGAAAUGGGAAACCAAUUGGGAGCAAUCCGUUCUAGCAUCCAACGGCUGGGAACCUGUAGGUCUAGGUCAAAGGAGAGGGGAUUAUAAUAGUCGUAUGGCACUCUUUGAAACCGGCUUGCUAGAUUUGGAGCAAGGUGGCGGAAUCCCCGGCCGAACACAAUUCAAGCAUGUCGUCUUUGGCCCCCAAUUGUGGUCCGGAUAUGACGAAGCAUAUUUCCCGGCUAUCCGGGACGCCAUCGACGAAGAAAAUUGGCUGCUAGUCCAAAAGACUAUCGACAAAACCGCAGGUAUCAUAAGAAACGCCGCCAAAGCGUUAGUGCAAUAAUAGACGGCUCGAGGCGGUUACACGGGGCUUCUCGUGGGGUUAUAUGGAUGCAUUGUUCGGCGUCAACGGAAUCGGGGAGAGGGUUCUAGGUUUUAUUAGUUGUAUUGUACAUGUAGGUGGUCGCCUCUUAUACUACUUCUACCUAGAUUAUUUCAGGGUAUCAUCAUAUACAUAAAUUGAGGCGAUGACCUCGAAUCGAAACUUAAGAUUACUUGGAUUUGUUCGAAUGGUGAAUUGGAUGUUCGAGGUAGUUGAUAAUCUAGAUAAGUCUUCGAUACUACCAAGGAACGUCCAAGACUUAAAAACUCAGGAGCAUUACGGACUAAAAUAUCGCAGUAUACGUCUCAUAUUAUGAGUAUCUCGGUAUGAAAGGCGAC